AUGCCGAGGCCUGCGCGCGCUGAGAUCGGCGCGCCCCGGCGUCGCGGACCUCUCCGCGAGCAGCGGCAGCGCUGCCGCUGCUUGCGGAGAGUUGCCGGCAUGCCGAAGCCUGCGCGCGCUGAGAUCAGCGCGCCCAGGCUUCGCGGACCUCUCCGCGAGCAGCGGCAGCGCUGCCGCUGCUUGCGGAGAGUUGCCGGCAUGCCGAGCCUGCGCGCGCUGAGAUCAGCGCGCCCAGGCUUCGCGGACCUCUCCGCGAGCAGCGGCAGCGCUGCCGCUGCUUGCGGAGAGUUGCCGGCAUGCCGAAGCCUGCGCGCGCUGAGAUCAGCGCGCCCAGGCUCGCGGACCUCUCCGCGAGCAGCGGCAGCGCUGCCGCUGCUUGCGGAGAGUUGCCGGCAUGCCGAAGCCUGCGCGCGCUGA